CCGAAUCACUCCUCGCUUUCUUCCCACGACAAUAGGAAAGCAAAGCAAAGCAAUCACAGAUUCACAGAGAGAGAGAGAGAGAGAGAGAGAGAGAGAGAGAGAGAUGAAGAUCACGGCGUUGGCGGUGUUGAAGUGCAGUCCGGAGGGGUCGGAUCCGGUGAUACUAGCGCAGGCGUUGGACGUGAGCCACUUCGGGUACUUCCAGAGGUCGAGCGUGAAGGAGUUCAUCGUCUUCGUCUCUCGCACCGUCGCCAGGCGCACCCCUCCCUCCCAGCGCCAAUCCGUCCAGCACGAAGAGUACAAGGUGCAUGCUUACAACAGAAAUGGCCUUUGUGCAUUGGGCUUUAUGGAUGAUCACUACCCAGUUCGAAGUGCCUUUUCUCUGCUCAAUCAGUUGCUAGAUGAGUAUCAGAAAAAUUUUGGUGAUUCAUGGAAGACUGCACAAGCAGAUAAGACCCAACCAUGGCCCUAUCUGAGUGAAGCUUUGACAAAAUUCCAGGAUCCUGCGGAGGCUGACAAGUUGUUGAAAAUUCAGAGGGAGUUGGAUGAAACUAAAAUUAUCCUUCAUAAAACUAUUGACAGUGUACUUGCACGAGGUGAGAAACUGGACAGUUUAGUUGAGAAGAGUUCAGAUCUCAGUGCAGCAUCACAGAUGUUCUACAAGCAGGCAAAGAAAACAAAUCAGUGUUGUACCCUAUUGUGAGCUUCUGAGGCAAGCGGCUGCAGCUAUUCCGUAAUUGCAUUCAGGUUUUCUAGUGUCGACGCUGAUGGAUGACAAGUCGUGAUUGUAAUGUGUUUAUAUUGUUUGUCAAUUGUUUGCUUGGCAAAAUUCUGUGGAUUUUCCCCACAUCUUCUAGACCAAAGAAAGAAAGGAAACCGUGUAUCAGCAGGAGAUCUUUCUAUUAUAGUAUUUAUGUGCUUGUCAAGCUUAAUUCAGAUAUUGUAUUGUGAUUUGCCCAUUGUGCUUUAUAGUAUAUAUAUAAGUCUGCUUGUUCUUUUGAAGCCA